CUUUCUGGCGAUUAAACGCGCCGCGGGUCUGGUUUUUGGCCCAGUACCUGCACUGCGGAGAAAGUGAAAAGAACUACCACUGAGUGACCCUUGUCAACAGCAACAAAGACAAAGAUAUAAUUUUCUACACACUGGAAACGACAAUGCUGUGAACAUCAUACAAUCUGCGGGCUCCCCUCUUUCCCUCUCAUCCCUUUCUUCCUCCUACUUUCCAACUAUGAGAGAGAUACUCCUGCCUGCGCAGAGCCACUUCAUACGUCGCCCUUCGCCUCUACCUAUGCAUAGACCGCAGCCAUGGCGGAGUUCAUAGCAGUCCUACAAGAAAUCAAACAACUCCCCCCAUCAGAGCACCUUCUUUGUCCGCGGCGAAAUGAUGACGACCAGGACCGAUACGAGGAUGAGCACAGUCCCGACAAUGAUCUGGCGCAAAAAGACCCUGAUCGGCUGGCCAGAUUUGAAGAGACCAAGAUCAGACGAAAGAAAUUUGUAUCAUCUCUGCAACUCUUGGCCUAUGACGGACAAGAGAGCGAGCAGUAUCAGCGGUAUAUCUGGGAUGUCCUGGACGAGGCACUAGCAAAAUGUGACAUCUGUAUCCGGGAAUACUAUGUGGCCAAAGUUGAAUUUGUGACUCAGUUGAGACAAGACUAUGAGGAAGACGAUAUCAAGACCUUCUUCGACAUUAUCAAUAGACGGGAUACAUCACGAAUUCUGCGAGGCCUCGAUGCUGCUAAGAAGACUCUCACGAACAUUCCCGAACAGCGAAGAGGCACUGGCGUGUUGGACCCAAGGGAUCUCCAUGCUCUCUUUGAGGCGCUGGUAUGCGAGGUCUUCUUGCAAGACGAAAAUCUACUACGAGACCACUUCGACGAGCCCUUUAAGAUGAUCCAAACCAAGAAGCCGCUUAAGAUGCGCGAGAUCCUUCCAGGCGCUACGAGAUUCUUGUUCAACACCAAUCCCAUUCGGCUUGUGUGGGCCACUUCGAUUUGGACACGCCUCGAUAGAUGUCCAACAGAUCUCGAGUGGGACUGGGCCAUCAAGGACUUUCUCGAGAAAAAGUUGCAGCAGGUCGCAGAUUCAAGUGACGUUUCAAGAUUAUGGAGUGCGCUCAAGCUUAUUGUCAGUAAGCUCGAUGAGCGAAUGAUCACCUACAGAUUGUUCGACCUUCCCAACUUCAGCACAACGGCCCUAAACCACCUCGCGAAGCGAACAAAUGCCGUUCCCUACAUUGUUCACACAUGGCAAAUCAUUCUGGAGAGAGCACCCGAAGCAUUCUGGCAGUCGAUGGGCUCCAUAUCGUCGCAGGCCAUCGUGGAACAGGUGUUUGCCAGUCCUUUGUACAACAAAUUUCUCCAAGAUUCCACCAGCGAUUCGGGAACGAGGGCAAAGGAUACCAAUGUGCUGUUAUGGAUUCCAUCGUUUCUCAGCUCCCUCAAGCCUGCAAAUCGUCCAGCAGCUUCCCAAACUAUUGUUGCGCAACUUUUCCAGAGGGUGGAGGACCACGAUCUCACUUUGGCUGCGAGGAUAGCAUGCUUCGAGAUGGUUGUCACCGUCCUCCUGGCGACCAUUGUUAGUUUCUCCAACAACGAGACGGAUCGUCAAUCUGUGGAGCGAUUGGUUCUUCAGGAUACCUUGAAUUUGAUCGGUCAUCGUUUGGAAGAAGUUCUCAGGCCGAAGGAUCCUGACAUUGCAAAGGGCAUGCACGACGAGUCACGCAAAGACAUUAUCGGCCUUGUCAAGAAUUCAAUCGCUCUCGAGUGUCAGUGUCUAAAGUCGGACUUUGAAGCCCUGAAUAAGAAGGAACCUCUUCGACACGGUUCGAGUUCGUAUUCACCAGAAAUCUGGACGGCUAUCAUCAACAACCUGCGAGAUGAUAAUGCCGACCUAUCGUCGGCCGCACUGAUUGGGAUUAUGCCUUUACCAGGCUUGGAACAGUUCCGGAUCAGGGACGGCCAAGAGUUGGUUCAGGAGAAGAAAUCGUUCAAUACUAUCUUCGACAAACUGACUGGAAUGGUUGGGAAACUUCUGGAGCGCAUUUCGGAAUUCAGCCCGCAGCAUCUGGAUGCUUUGUUCAGAGCUCAAGAUACCAGUAUGUCUUUGAUUGCCGCUCUCUUCUCAGCCGACCAAAGCACAUAUGAAGCCGCCAUUGAGGUGGUCAAGAACAUCAGUUCACAAUCGGGACGAAAGGAAGCACUAGCUCAUUUGAUCAACGCGUUUCUGGGGGUCACUAUCUAUGGUAUCUGCUGGACAUUCCGGCGCAUCGCCAACUACAAGACCUUUGCUUCUGUACCGCGAAUGCUCAAGACGGGCAUGGAAAUUCUCGACAUUCUGUGCAAUCCUUCCGAUGGUCAACUGAGAAGAGCAAACAUCACAGGAAGAGACGCCUCGGCCGUGCAAAGCUAUUGGUCGUACCAAUGGGUUGCCCUUCGGGUGAUAUACAGCCAGACAGAGAGAUGGUCAUAUGAACUUCACAGCAAAGAAAUCAUGAUCGAGGUUUGUCGAGACGCAAUGCAAUAUGCUCAAGCUUUGUUCGACCAAUACGACCUUUUUGCUAGUGUCUUGACCAAGGCCAAACCAGAGAAGGCGCAGGAAAUCCCCAAGCUGCUUUUGGAUGCGAAGGAUGCUCAGACCGGGUCGCCUCUGAAUACCUUGGACGCGAUGGCAAAAUGGCUGAGGUUGCGCGACGAAUAUCUCGCCGAUACGUUGGUCUCGCUCAUCACAGGUAUGCUAUACCGUCUCAAAGCUCAUCAAGUAACUACCGAGAGCGACGGUCUGGGGUAUGUCCAGGAAGUUGCAACGAAGCAGUCUGUCAAGACUAUUCUCUCAGCAUCACAGAAGGCCAGGUUGGUGCGAGCAUUGGAGAACUACUACGGCCGCCAGAUCGAAAGACCCGUUGUGAAGAAACAGGCCACGCUCAAUCUGAAGGAGUGGACAGACUCUGCGGCUGUCUCACGAUCUGGUGCCUCGACACCUGAUUCUAGAGACCGUAGCGUUGAUGAGUUUGGCGACGACGAUAUCGCUGAUGACGAUCUCAUCGAAAUUGCCAGCAAAACCCUGGAUACUCACAAGGGAUCCGUCACCACAAAAGACACGAACCACAUAAAGUCUUUGCUUUCUAGGCCCCAGCCUACCAAGCCUAAAGCACCAGCGCAAUCAUUAGCGGAAGUUCAAGAGAAGAAAGCUAAAGAAGCUCGAGCCUUUAUCGAAAACCGGAAGCGUGAGGAGGCAGCUCGAAAGUUACGUGACAGGGAAGCUGCUCUGAGGCUGCGAGGCAAGACUGGCGUGGGCCAACAGACUGCCGGUCAAGGUUCGGGCCUUGCGGGCAUUGGGGUGGUGGGAAAAGACCAUUCAGCAGGGACAAGCGGUUUGAUGGUCUCGUCAGAAUCCGAAUCCGAGACCGACUCGGACGAAGAGUUGUUCGGCAAGCUACCCAGGCCCCCAACAGUACGCCAGGCUGGUGCAAGGAAGCCCAUUCCUGCUGGACCAGUACGCAAGAUCAAGCAAGUCCGUUCACAAAAAGAUGUGAGAGCUCGACUUGCACCUGACCUCACAGAAUUGCACCGGACGAUACUCAGUUGGGAUUUCUUUGCGGAUACCGACCUGCCACCUAAUUCGAUGAGAGAUGAUUACACGUUGGUGACAGAGACAUUUCGAACACCCCAGGAUUACCAGAAGACCUUCGAGCCUUUGCUUGUACUUGAGAGCUGGCAGAGCUUCCGCGCCGCUCGUGAAGAUGGUACUUUCAAAACCUUUGAGGUGAAAGUGGCCAACUCGUUGAUCGUCGAUAAUUUCGUCGAGGUUAAUUCCCAGCUAUCUUAUGCAGAGGGGAAAGAGCUCGGCAUUGGCACUUCGGAUGUCGUGCUGUUAUCGAGGGCCAAACAGCCGCACCAAGAUCCCAACGAGCCACAUUGUUUAGCUCGAGUCAAGGAGAUUACCAGAAAGAAGGGUGAAGUGCAAGUUGUUUAUCGUGUCUGCGCGUCAAAUAACCCUUUGCGACCCUUCCUCAAUGACAAAUCAACUGUUUAUGGCGCCCAGAUUCUAUCGCUCACUCCGCUCGAGAGAGAGUAUGGUGCAUUGGUGGCUUUGCAAUAUUACGACCUUUGUGAGGAGAUUAUCCGAGCGAAGCCAUCGCCUAUCCUCGAUUACCCCGGGAGUGCGCUGGAGCCUAUCAAGAGAACGUAUGGCGUGAAUCUAGCCCAGGCGAAGGCGGUCAAGUCUGCACUUGACAACGAUGCUUUCACCCUGAUACAAGGUCCCCCAGGUUCCGGAAAGACCAAGACUAUAUGCGCUUUGGUUGGUGCAAUGUUGACUGGCUUUGUCGAGAAGUCCGAGUCUCAUGGCCCACGGUUGAACACAGCCACAGGGCGUCCAUUGGCAGCUCCUCCAGCUGCAAAAAAGAUCCUGGUCUGUGCGCCUAGCAAUGCCGCUGUCGACGAACUGGUCAUGAGAUUGAAGCUGGGCGUUACCCUUCUGGACGGGUCGUCCGAGAAGUUGUCGGUUGUGCGAUUAGGCCGGAGCGAUGCCAUCAACGCGAAUGUCGUCGAUGUCACUCUCGAAGAAUUGGUCAAGGCCAAACUAAACACCUCAGCGCCAAAGGAUCCGCGAGAAGAUAUCCAAUCCGUUAUGAUGGAGCACAAAGCAACAAGUGACGAGCUGAUCGUGGUGCGUGAUCGGAUUACUGAAGCACGUGGCAAAGGUCAACCGGUCCCCGCUGCGGAUGAGCAGUUGAUGGACGCCCUGAAACGCAAGAAGAAUGGCUUGGGCUCCAAGAUCGACACCCUGAGAGAUCGUCAAAAUACUGCUUCUCGCGAUAUGGAGCUUAAUCGCAAGCGGGUUCAGCAAGAGAUCCUGGACUCGGCACAUGUCCUGUGCGCCACUUUGAGUGGAAGUGGACACGAAAUCUUCCAGGGUCUGAAUAUCGAAUUCGAAACCGUGAUCAUCGACGAGGCCGCCCAGUCAAUCGAAUUGUCAGCGUUGAUUCCAUUGAAGUACGGAUGCUCAAAAUGUAUCUUGGUGGGCGACCCUAAACAGCUGCCACCAACGGUGUUGUCACGGGAGGCCGCCAAGUUCCAAUACGAACAGAGUUUGUUUGCCAGAAUGGAGCACAACCACAAGAAGGAUGUUCAUCUCUUGGACACCCAGUAUCGUAUGCAUCCCGAGAUCAGUCUGUUCCCGAGCAGGACAUUCUACGACUCUCGGCUCAAAGAUGGUGCUGGGAUCGCCAAACUACGACAUCGACCUUGGCAUCACAGUACUAUCCUUGCCCCGUAUCGAUUCUUUGACGUUCAAGGAAUGAGUCAAGCAGCCACGAAAGGCCAUUCUCUGAUCAACAUAGCCGAGUUGAAUGUGGCGAUGCAGCUCUACGACAGAAUAGUGGCCGACGUUCCAAAGUACGACUUUACCAGAAAGAUUGGCAUCAUCACCCCCUACAAAGGGCAGCUCAAGGAAUUGAAGCGGCGCUUUGCACAAAGAUAUGGGGACAAUAUAAUAUCGAAGGUCGAAUUCAACACCACGGACGCUUUUCAGGGAAGAGAAUGCGAAAUCAUCAUCUUCUCCUGUGUACGAGCUUCGACUAACGGGAUUGGGUUCUUGAACGACAUCCGGCGUAUGAACGUGGGUCUGACGCGAGCCAUGUCUUCGCUUUGGGUGCUCGGUAAUUCACAGGCACUUAUGCAGGGCGAAUUCUGGCGAGCUUUGAUCAACGAUGCCAAAACUAGAAAACUGUACACGGAUGGAGACAUCGCAAAUCUACUCCGACGACCGCUCUUGACGGAAGCUAUGAUGAAAGACGACGUCGACAUGAUGGAUGCCAAUGAAUCGACACCCCAGGAAGUACCCCUUACACCAAGUACAACGAGCGAGUGGUCUGGUGCGAAAGAGGUAGUCUCUGCAGGGCAGUCAGCACCGAGACUCAAGCUGCCAGACGCACCUGGCUCAGGAGCCUCGUCACAUCAGCCUACCCCUCAGCCGUCGAGGCCGAGCAGCGGUCUUUCCCACCGCUCUUCAGGUUCUGCUCCUGCGAGACCGGAGGCGCGGCGUCCAGAUCCGUCUCAUUCGGAGUCGAAGAAAGAAACACUUAGAACGGCUCUCAAGAGUGAGGUGAAGUCGUCGAACAGUUCACGGACAGAGCCACCCUCACUGCCAGAAUAUGCUGCACAGGAGCAGCUCAAUCCUGGAGUAUAUGGCCCUUCGGGUGGUAUCAACGGUCUGAAUGAUCUUGCAAACUGUGCUAUAUGCGGUUCCUAUGAGCAUUUCAGUUUCAAUUGCGACAACGAAGCGGCCAGAGCCGCCUCUCUUGGCAACUGCCAUCGCUGUCAUCGGCCCGGGCACAGCUUCACUAGCUGCUCCGCCCCUCGAUGCCUUAGCUGCGGCGAAGUUGGGCACACUGCCGAAAAUUGCAGUGCACCUCUUAAGAUGAGGUUGACCAAAACUCAACAAACCGAGGUAAAGAAUCAAGAAGUUAGAUUCGGCCGAUCCAAAGACAAGGCAAGAGAGCGACGUGUAGAAAAGCAGCUGGGCGAGCAUGGUGCGAAGAUCCCCAUUGUGAAGAGUACAGUUCCACCUGUCUCGAAUACCAAUGGCGGCAAUGUCAAGAGGAAGCGAGAUGAAUCCAGCGACUCAGACCCGAACAAAGUACGGAGACGGGGCAAGCAUGAUGGGGUCCCCAAGAAUGGGAAUGCUAAUGGGAGUGUUCCCUCUGGGCUUUCACGUACUCCGCCAACCGGGCCAGCAGGUAUACCAACAAACCCUUCAGUAGGUGUACCAGGAGCUCCAACCGGGCCAGCAGCAAUAAGAGCGCCGUCUGGUCCCCUUGGUAAUGGCAGACCUGGAAUGGCGAGCAACGGACAGCCAGUAGUACGCAAGAAGAAGGCAAAUGCCAACGACAUGUUUGUGAGGAAAAGAUGACGAAGGAAGGUGGAAGGAACGUUUGGGCCGAGCGCAUCAAGACGUGAUGCGGUCAAAGAUGAUGCAUCACUUUGGCAGGGGGUCUUUGGGUAUCCAGGUACCCCUGAAGGCGUGCGGGUGUCAAACCCCGGAUACUGGGAUAAGAGAAAGCCCGGCAAGGGCGCCAAACGGCUUUUCGACCGGAGCUCCUACCGAACCUGAACAGCUUCAGCUUCGGUGAGUUUCCGAAUGUAUGGAUAUUGAAAGUGAGCGUUUUCAGACAGCAUAGCGACCGGCGUGAGUGAUAGAAUCUACAAGAAAAAUCCGUUAAGGGAUUCAGAACGAUUUCCAACAUGUUCUUCUG